AUGGAGAAGAUUGAUCAACUCUCAAUAGAGAAUAAAAUAUUGAAAGAUAGAAUUCAAGUGUUAGAUGACAAGUUGGAUGAGACUGACCAGUAUUCUAGAAGAAAUUGUGUUGAAAUCCACGGUGUGCCAGUUAAGGAUAAUGAUGUGGUGCAAGCAGUAAAGGAUGUGGGUAGUGCCUCUGGAUUUAAUAUUCAGGAUACCAUGAUUGUCGCAUGCAACACUCUAGGAAAGAAACCUAAUUCCAAGGAUCCUCCUGGAAUUAUAGUCAAGUUUGUGAGAAGAAUGGAUGCGGAUACAUUAUUUCCAAAAAAAAUAGUUAAGAAGGAUCUUUCUACAAGGCAUCUGAACUUGCCAACGGACAGUCCUGUUUAUCUGAACGAGUCAUUAGCCCCAAUGAGAAGGAAGCUGCUAGCUAUGGCAAGGGAUGAGAAGAGAAAACAAGGCUACAAGUGGUUGUGGGUGCGGAGAGGAAACAUUUUUCUAAGAAAAGUCGGUAAUGGACCGGUAGUAUUAAUAAAAAGCCUCGCUGACCUUGGCAAAGUUUUGGAAGAUUAUUGUUUCUUUUAA